AUGUCUGAGCCUGAGGCCCAGGCCUGGCGGGCGUCGAUCGCCAACGGCAUCGCCAGCCUGCGGGACCAGAAGCGCAUGCUGUCGCAGGUGAUCCAGCAGAAAGUGCUGGAGCAGCUCUUCCUCAAGAAGUGGUAUCCAGACUUCCCAUGCGACAGUGACGUGACGGCCAUGGUCGUGGCUAAGCGCCUCGUUGCUGGUGGGAAGCAUCUCACCAUCGUUGAGUUCGUUGGUCGCAGUCUGACGGUGCUCAGGGAGCGGCCCGUCGCGCCGCUGGAACUUCCAGGAUAUGCUUACCAGGCCAUGUGCCCAGACCCAGUGGACAACCCAAUCAUCAUAAACCUCGACAAUGUUGCCUCGGUGGGGAAGGGC